UUCUAGUAUGUGCGAUUGUGUUUCCUGGCAUACUUAUGUAGGUAUUCCGUAGCUUUAAGGAUCGCGAAACGAGUUAAGCCGAGGUAAGCUUGCUCGGAAGCGAGAAUGUGAUCUUCUCAGGCUGGCGUAUAGCUACUUCAUACCAAAAGUAUUCGGCAUAUUCUACCCUGAAGUAUGCCACCGGUAUCAGAGCGGAAUUACUCUUUAGUAUGUUUCGAACGUUCGAGCUAAAAUGUUCCUUAGAGUAUUAACGACAAUCGAUGUCAUGUGAAAAAUUUACAAAAGAAGCACGUAAAGCGAGAAAAUCCUGAAAACAAGGUUUACGAUAAUCCGAAAGAAAUGUCUAAGAAAGCGAGAAUAAUCAAAGGCCCACCUGCCUAUAAGGUAGCGCUAGACUGUUCAGUAGGACAAUUUUUCUUAGAACAUUUGCGAAAACAUUCUAAUCGUAUUUUUGAGAUUGACGCCGAAACUGGACAAUUUCAAACGAAUAAGGAAAUAUUGGAAAGAAGCGUCAAACUCGCUGAGAUUUUAAAAAGGCGCAACAUAAAAUUGGAAGACAAGAUAUCUAUUGCUGCGGAAAAUCAUCGUAAUUGGUUUGUGGCAGCAUUGGCAGGCAUAUAUGUCGGAGCAGUGAUAGCACCUCUUAAUCCUUCGUAUACAGAACUCGAGAUGAAACACGUGCUAAACAUUUCGAAGCCGCGAAUUAUCUUCGUAUCGCGAAAAACCGAAAAGCUACUAAGUAAAAUAGUAGUUGAUCUAUCUUGGCGGAUGGAAUUAAUUGAAUUAGACGAUGAAGCACUUACGAGUAACGUGCCUACGUUAAAAAAUUUGUUGGAAACGACGGACUAUUACACAGAUCCUUAUCGAUAUAUUCCUAUUGAUAUCGGUGAUAACAAGGAACGGCCAAUGUUAAUUUUAUGCUCAAGCGGUACUACGGGUUUGCCAAAAGGAGUAUUGCUGUCUCAUCAGAAUCUGUUAAACUUCACGCAUAAUAUAUAUAAAUCCAAUUAUCUAGACAUAAUGCAAGACGAAAGGAUAUUAAUGUUUCUCCCGUUGUAUCACGGUUAUGGCUUCGGUAUGAUAUCAGUUGUAACAUUAACUGGAUCAACGCUAGUCCGAAUUACCAACUUCUCAGUGGAACUUUUCUUCACUUCGAUUCAAAGAUAUCGCAUCACUUUUCUACCUAUCGUGCCGUCGGUGCUGAUUAUUCUCGCAAAACACCCGGCCGUUCCUAGCUACGAUUUUCGAAGCGUGAAGAAAGUCCUGUGUGGAGCAGCGCCAUUACCAAAGGAGUUGCUAUUGGAAGCAAAGAAACGGCUAAACCUAAAGUCUAUUACUAAUGGUUAUGGCAUGACAGAGCUUUCGAUAGUGAUCGGCUUUAGCGACAAGUCCGGUGAGAACGACAAUGCUAUCAAUAACCUUAUGCCCGGUGUACAAUGUAAGGUAAUCAAUCCCGAGACAUUCGAGACUUUAGAACCGAUGCAACCGGGAGAAUUGUGCAUCAAAGGCGAACAUAUCCUAAUGUUGGGAUACUACGGUAAUCGCAAAGCGACCAAUGAAACAAUCGAUAAUGAUGGUUGGCUUCAUACGGGUGACGUCUGUCUUUACGACGAGACUGGCAAGUUGUUCAUCGUCGAUCGACUAAAGGAGCUCAUUAAGUACAAAGGUUAUCAGGUCUCACCGGUCGAAAUCGAAGUUCUCCUACUUUCUCAUCCUGCUGUUAAGGAUGUUGCUGUCGCUAGUAAACUUGACGAAAAUUCUGGCGAACUACCAAUGGCUUUCAUCGUGAAGCAACCUAAUUCGAAAGUAACCGCUCAAGAAAUUGCAGACUACGUUAAAAGACAAAUGUCACCGCAAAAGUGGCUGAGAGGUGGCGUACGUUUUAUCGAUGCCAUUCCUAGGAAUUCGACUGGAAAGAUCAUGCGGCGCGAACUUCGAAGAUUGGCGUCCAAUUUGUAAGGAUUAAAUUUCGCCGUGGGAAAUAUUCUCUUUUUUAUACGACCUUUUUAUAAUCGCAAAUUUACUUCCUAUGUUAUUUGCAUAUUUCAACUAUUUGGAAUAUAAAAAAUGCAAUAAUCUCCAAUGAUAAUGUUACAGUUUCGUACAUAUAUGCGAAAUAAAAUGGAGAUACCUGUUGCAUCGUUCGACGCAAAUACGUCACUCAAAAUGCAAUUUUAUAUGUAUAUAUACAUAUAUAUAUGUACCAUAAACAAACUACAAUAUUAUUAGGUCUAUGUUUAUAAUCUAUACCUGAUUAACAUGUUAGAGAGAGACAUGAUCAUGAAUGUUAUUAAUUCAGAAAAAAGAUUGCUUGCUUGAAGUUAAUUGAAGAAAGAGAUAACAUGUAAUUGGAUAUUGUUGCAUCCAUCUCAUUAUGGUCUCUUCGAAUCAAUAAUAUCCAUACCAAAUUGAGAUAAAGAAAAUGAAUAUAUAAUUUACCUACUCCGUAGUUCGAUUCAACGUAAUAUCUGAAUAUAUAUUAUAUGAAAAAUGAAUAUAUUCGAUGUUGAGACAAAAAUUUGUAUUUAUAUUGAAAACCGUACAAAUAACUUUUGUUCCAACUCAAUAUAAAAUCGUCACAAUUUUAACAAUCCUAAGUUCUUAUCCUACGUAGUUUAAUCUUACGAAAAACUUACGGAACAAAUUCGUCGAUAAUGAUUUUUCAACUUUACGGAGUCAAAGGUGGAUCUUAUUACUUUCAUUAACAAAAAGAUGAGAAGCAAAUUGCAACAUCGAUUCAAACGAAAUUAACAUUGUCCACUAUCGGAGAAAUUUAAAUUUCACAGGAGAGACUACGAGCUACGAGUACACCCAUAGGUGUACUUAUAUACGCGUAUGAACAUACAAUACAUACGUUCAUCGUCUGUGCAUUCGUGCUUCGCGUUCCUGUUGAUUUAAUUACAACGAUAGCCCUCUGACAAAUCUAAUUGACGUGCAUCAAUUAUUUGGCGAACGAAGGCCGUUUAACUCCCUUUACAACUUGGCAGUGACCGCGGUUUCACGAUAAUUCCAUUUUUCACGGUGCUUUCCUAACGAACUUCCACGGUGAUUAUGGAAAUAGGCGUUUCUACAUUUUCGACGAUUCUCUCGAGCAAAGUAACAGGUUAGACGUAACAGAAAUAAAUAAAAUAUCUCGUCUUUCUAAUUAUACCAAAGCGUUAAGAGGAACCAAUUACAUUUCUCUCUAUUCUAUUCUCUCUAUCAGCUAUUGUACACGGUUGUCUCGGUAUUAAUUCAAUUAACGGAAUAGCUUCGUACAUCUGAUCAGACUAUAUCUUGUACGUCGGAUCAGAUUAAAUAGAAUCUAAUUAAUAUACAUCAAGAUCGAAUGCAAUAGACAAAAUUUUAAUUCAAUUAGAAAAACUAUCGUACAGCAUAGGUUUACUAUUACAGAAUUUAUUCGCAAUUGAUCAAUUUAAUUAUUAUAAAUAAGGAAUAUCUCGAAAUUAAUGAGAUCAUUUAAUAAAUACUUAUAUUCGAUCAUAAUGUCCUAUGAAAAGACUUGAACGUGUUGGAGCGUGUAAUAGCAUCAUCAGCGUACGAUACAAUUAAACGCAAAAUUAAAUUACAAUUAGCCAUACGUCCACUACGCUCCUAUCUGGCAGGGAUGAAUAGGUGAGAAGGAAGGGGGAAUUAAAAGGGGAAGAGGGGAAUAGAGACAGAGAGAGAUAGAAAGAGAGAGGAAGAGAUAUAGAAAGUGAGUAGUUGAGAAGAGAAGGGAAUAUUCGAGGAAUUAAUUCGAAGCAGACGCGGAAACGACGUCGAUGCGUGGCUCAAAAUCAACAUUAACGCCGGUUCGCGAAUGUGUAACGAUCGAGACAACGAAAGCAACGACGAUUACGAGAACGAUCGAUCGAUCCAUCGAUCCGUCCAUUUGUUUGGUAGAUCGGAACGAUCUGCUCCCACCUAACCAUUCGUGACACGCAUCGAGUACGGCCACUUAAACCGGAGCUCGAUCGACUACCGAUUUAGAGGGAUACAAAACGGGGCUGCUAUGAGAUACACGUUAGUGGUAGUGCAUUCGUAAUGGGGUACUGACGUAUGAACAUAUGUAUGUAUCUAGGUAUGUGUAGUAGGUGGACCAUAGAUAGCCAAGACUAUCGGGCAUAACGCGCAUAAUAACGUGCUAGCGAAGCCUUCGUAAAAUGAGAUACCGUGAAAGCGGGGAAGGAAUCGUUACAGGAUGGAUACCAAACGGUAAAAGAGAACCUACGAGGAGUAGAGAGAGAGAGAGAGAGAGAAAGAGACAGAGAGAGAGAGAGAGAGAAAGAGAAAGAGAAGGACAGCCUAUCGCUCGACUGGAGAUCCAAUACAAUGCGAACUAUUGUACCCACGUUCGCCAUCCACUCCAAUUCCUAGGGUAGAGAUAUGCAGCCAGGCUCGAGCCUGCACUUUGUACGGCGCUUAAACGUAUAUAUGAGCGCACACAUUUGCUCAAGUUUCGGUGUAUGAAAGAGAGAGAGAGAGAGAGAGAGAGAGAGGCCAAGUACUACCUAGAGUAGAAAGGUGAGAAGAAUGAGAGAGCAAAAGAAAGAUAGAGAAAGAGAGAGAGAGAGAGAGAGAGAGAGAGAGAGAGAGAAAGAGGGAGGGAGGGAGAUAGGAGAUAUGUAUGGGUUAAGGCAAGACAAAGUGGAGCUAAAAGAGGAAAAAGAGAAAGGGAGAUAGAAUGGGGCUCGUAUUAACUCACCUCUCAUUCUUAUUUUCUCUCUCGAACACUUCGCAGCCUCCAAGAAACGUGCCACACCUCCUAAUCCCUUUCAUCCAUUUUCUAUAACUUUACGCAAUUUCACAGACUUGUACCGCAUUAGCUUCGUUUCCUUCGCGUUAAAGAAACGUACGUAGUACGAUCACGUGCCGGACCUUGUCAUAUCGGUAUUUCAAAAGGGUCAUUCAAUAUGAAAUCGAUCACUUUUUAGAGUAACUUUCCGGAUUUCGUUCAAAGUAAAAUAUCUUAUUGUUUUAACCUUUAUUAGAUGUACGUAAAAGAAUUCUUAAUAAUAUUAAAAAUUAUCAAAAUUGCAGUAGAAAAAUAUUUCUAUAGAAAUUAAUUCAUAUCG